ACAGGGCUCUUUUAAUUUUCUUAGUAAUACAGGAUUAGAUGGGAGGGUUUAUUUUAAUGUUUGUUUGUUUGUUUAUUUAUUUAGUCUAUUCAUUUAGCUGUGAUUGACUACACACUCCAGUACAGUACGUGGCGGAAUGCAACUAACGUUUGAGGACCGCCAUAAUAUUAUAGAAGAAGAAGUAAACGGAAGUCAACAGUGGUCAAAAACAAAUUUCACGUUAGUGUUUUUAUGUGUAGACGUUUUAUUAACACCAUAUAACUAAUUGAACUACACCGCAUUACAUACAUGCCUCAGGUAGUGUUUAAUUUGCGUUGGAGACGGUACUUGGUUGAUUUAUGUUAUCUAGGUAACGCAAGCUAGCUGCUUAGCAAACAAUGGCUAAUUGUAUGGUUUUUCACACUCAAAUAGCCUCUGUCAUGGAGGUGCUGGCAAAUGCAGCCGUGGCAGAGAUCUGUAAACUCGUAGGCGACGACUAUGCAGUGUUUCGUUUGGAAAUAGCUCAAAGCCAGAAAGAAAAUGGGGCAUUGCGGAGGAAACUACAGCAACUGGAACUAAAGGUGGCACGGGAGCGGGCAGAGGGGACAAUACGAGAUCGCGUCCUCGCCAGUCGUCCCAGUAGUGUCAAGAUCGUCGACCGAUACAGAGGAAUGGCAAGAGGUGAAGGGCAUCUCACUGGAGGCCACAAGACCUUUGUGAAGCCAGUGGGUCACAAUACAUGGAGCCAUGGCCAACCAAUCACUGUUGAUGAGGGCACAGGAACCUCAACUCAGAACAUUAUCGUGAUAGAGUCUGCAGAUGCAGAGGCUGCAGAUCCUGGGGUCAAGCUGGAGAGGUCUGAAGGAGAGGAGGACUCACGGCACAACAGAGACAUCCAGACUGCAGCAGUGGCUGGAGUGCUCCCUGUAGCCACGGAGGAACCCACCACCAUCCCAGCGCAGCCCAGGACCCAACGCAGGAUCACGGAGGUCAGUGGAACGCCGAUCGCCGUCCUCAAGUCAGAGACGGACACCAAGACUUUAAUUGUAACACACAGGCUCUUACACACAGAAUCUGACCACAGAUCAGACCCAGAGAGGCUGGGGAGAAUGGGCUCUCCUCCUGCUCCCAGCUCAGAGUAUAUACCAGUAUUUCACCAGAGCGAGAGGACGGUUAAUUCCUUUGGACAUGGUGAAGGUGAUAUGUCAGACACUGGCGGUGAUGAUCCAUCUUGUUCUUACGCUACAGAGAUGGACCCUGGCAACAUGCCCUUGGGUUUAGAGACACAGACUGAUCUAUCUAGAGGGUACUGGAAUCAAUACAGUAGUAGUGUAUAUUCUGAAGGGUGCCUAGAUAAGAAAGGGGAGGGUCUGGUCGUAGAUGUGGAGGGCGACGCUCCUCCCACAUGGAAUGCAGAUCGUCUCCUAGGAGACGGACACUCACAGGGCAGAGAAUUCUUAGAUCACAAGGGAAGCUUGGAGACAAAUCCAAAUGUGGCAACCCACUCCCCUUUACACACAUUCAGGGAUCGCAACCCAGUGUCCACGUCGAUGGGGCUUUCUGAUGCACACGGACACGUCCUUUUCAAUCAGGUAUUGAACUCAAACGACCAAAGGGCAAAGGCUCGGGGAGGGGGAGAAACAUCAGGCAAUACUAAAGAGAAGCGGUUCCUUUGCAUGUUCUGUAACCAAGGCUUCAGCUGUCCCCAAAAGGUGGAAAGGCACCAGAGGAUCCACACAGGGGAGAAACCCUUCAGCUGCCCCCAGUGUGAGAAAAGGUUCUCCCGCCAGGAUCACCUGAAGUUGCAUCAAAAGGUCCACACAGGGGAGAAACCCUACAGCUGCCCCCAGUGUCACAUGCGCUUCACCCAGGCUGGCAACCUGAAGAUGCACCUGAAGGUCCACACGGGAGAGAGGCCAUUCGCCUGUACGCACUGCGGGAAGAGGUUUUCAGAGAGGAGAUACCUCAGGAUACACCAGCAGAAAAACCAUUCCACUCUAUAACAUAGAAAGUAACCAUUCCACUCGAUAGCUUCUGACGUUUAGAUCAAACCUUGUAUUAAAGACAAAUAUUAAUUUACAUUGUUGUCAACUGAAAAGAUCAACAGAUGCAUUUGGAAUAACCAGAAUAACAGAUUUCAAUGUUGAAUAUUCCUGGGUAGAAUAUUGCAUCCAGACAUUGUGAAAAACACUGAAUGUAUAAGACAUUAGGAACACCUGCACUUACCAUGACAUAGCUUUCACCUGGAUUCACCUGGUCAGUCUAUGAUCCCUAUUGAUAUUACCUGUUAAAUCAACUUAAAGAAGGAUUUUUAAGUCUUGAGACAACUGAGACAUGGAUUGUGUAUGUGUGCCAUUCAGAGGGUGAAUGGGCAAGACAAAAUAUUUAAGUGCCUUUGAAUGGGGUAUGGUAGUAAGUGCCAGGCGCACUGGUUUGAGUGUGUCACGCACCGCAAUGCUGCUGCUGGGUUUCCUAUGUGUAUCAAGAAUGGUUCACCACCCAAAGUACAUCCAGGCAACUUGACACAACUGUAGGAAGCAUUGGAGUCAACAUGGGCCAGCAUCCCUGUGGAACGCGUUUGACACCUUGUAGAGUCCAUGUCCUGACAAAUUGAGGCUGUUCUGAGGGCAAAAGGAUGCAACUCAAUAUUAGGAAGGUGUUCCUUAUGUUUUCUACACUCAAUGUACAAGGCAUAUAUAAACCUAAAAAGUCUGUUUCAAAUUGUGUUUGUACUGUGUAGGAUAUGAUCACAAAUUUUCACAAAACACUUUUAAUGAGAAGAUGAAUGCAGUUUAUCAAGUUCUUGCAGAUUUUUUUGUUGAUGGUUUUCAUAUGGUAUAUUUAACUUGUUUAUGUUUAACCACUUCAACUCGGAAGUUGGUCAACAUGGAUAGGGUCAAAUUGACAUUUAACCGAAAAAUUAUAAAAAGCAUAUGCAUUACAAUGGUAGAAAUUGAAAGAACACUUUAGAGUUGAUGGGGAAAUGUUUUGACCAAAGGUGAAAACACAACAGCUCACCUGACAAGACUGAAUCCAAACAUUACUGUUGAUUAUGUGCAUUUGACAUUUACUGUACUUUUCAUGCCAUUUGUCAAUAAUGAAAUCUGAAAAUACUCAGGAAACAUUUAUAUGAAUAUUCAUUGACAUUUUGGAGUAGGAGCAAGAUAAGUAAAAAAAUGGUUUGAAUGAG